AUGGCGCUCGGGGAAGUCUACACCGUCGCACUAUUUGUUCUCAUGUUGAUUACUCCAGGUUUUCAAUAUGAUGGUGAUUUGGAUGCUCGUACAGCUUUAUUUCAUGAUCUUUUCAAUGAUUAUGACAAAGACGUUUUACCCACUGGUUCAUUUAACGACAACAACAACACAAUUAUUUUACCUGUCAAUGUAUCAUUUGGUCUUGGUAUUAAUGAGAUUGGCGAUGUGGAUAUCAAUGGUGGGACAAUAUCUGCAACAGUUUUCUGGCAGAUGAGUUGGGAAGACCGUCGACUUGAAUGGGAAUACGAGCAAUACAAUGACAUUUUAGCGAUUAUCGUUCCUAUAUCUAAGAUUUGGAAGCCGGACAUAGCAAUAUUCAAUGGAGAAUCCCAUAUUUUAAUCGACGAGCCGACCGCAAAAUUAAGCAGCACUGGACGAGUGGAUUACUCCCCUCCCUACCAAAUGAAGACAUCUUACAUCCCAGAUCUGAGAUAUUUUCCAUAUGACGAGCAAGUGUGUCGUUAUAAAUUCGGUUCGUGGGCCUACAGUGGGAACUACAUCAAUCUGACUCUAAUGGAUGAAACAUACCCAGUUUUAUUCAACGACUUCUGGACACCUAAUAAAUGGACAGUUGUUAACACGUGGGCACGACGGAAUGCAAUUCGGUACGCCUGUUGUAACUCCUUGUAUUACGACGCGGUUUUCUUUAUUAAGAUUAAAAGACGACAAGCGUCUUUUUAUGGUUCUUGUGUCGUGAUUCCUUCUAUUCUAGUGACGCUUAUGACAUUGCUAGUGUUCGGCUUACCGCCAGCUUCACAGGAGAAGAUGACUCUAAAUAUGACAAUAUUAUUGUGCCAAAUAAUAUUCAUGUGGAUGAUAUUCACGACUGUCAGUCAGCCAACAAUUUUGAGUUCGUAUCUUCUGUUCAGUAUAUUCAUGGUAACACUGGCGAUCUCAGAAACCACUAUUGUAUACAACGUGUACCACCGACAUGGACCAAUGCUACCAAUUGUAAGAAAGAUAUUUUUAGACGUACUGGCAAGACCACUUUGCCUCGCCUCACACAAAAUGUUGAGCUACGAGGGCAGGUCACGAAGUUCACAGAAAAGGGAGAGAUGUCAGGAGGACGGAUUCAAAGGAGAUGAAAUGCAGAUGAAUGGGAAUGACAAUGUGCUUAAAAUAGCACGAGAACAGGUAGAACAAAAUCCAAUUUUCUUCCUUUCCCUAUUCUCCUAUGUAUUGAUCUGUGAAAGAAAACCAUAA